CGGUUUUUGUUUUGGUUUGGUUUUUUUGGAUGCUGCUGCAAGGCGACUUGACGCAUUCCGGCACUGGCUCCUACUCCUAAGCGGCGCGUCUCGCCCGGAGCAGCUUCGUGACAGCAGCUGCGGCGAUGGUCGAGCCGGCGAGAAAAGUGGACGGAUCGAGUUAAAGGCUAAAGGAGACCUCGGCUGGGGAGGGGAACCCCAGCCCGGGGGUGCACUCCAUAGACCUUCAGCCUCCCGGUUUGGGGGACAGGACCCCUCACCUUACCUGCCCUCUGCCCCCCCUAAAGGCUCCACAUCCACCCCUUCCUCAAGCUCCCCGUCCCACCUCAACCCCCCCACCCUUGAACCGCCCUGGGUCUCUCUGUGCUCCAUCCUCCUCCUCCUCCUCCUCCCUUUCCCUCACUUCUCCCCUGCCCCUUGCUCCCCUUUCCCGUGUGCCACCAUGACCGUGAUGGCCGGAGAGAACAUGGACGAGACUUCCGCGCUACCUGGCCACCCCCAGGAUAGCUACCAGCCCGCCGCCCACGACGACCACGAGUGCUGCGAGCGCGUGGUGAUAAACAUUGCGGGGCUGCGCUUCGAGACGCAGCUCAAGACUUUAGCCCAGUUCCCCAACACGCUGCUGGGCAACCCCAAGAAGCGCAUGCGCUACUUCGACCCCUUGCGCAACGAGUACUUCUUCGACCGCAACCGGCCCAGCUUCGACGCCAUCCUCUACUACUACCAGUCCGGGGGAAGGCUGCGCCGGCCCGUCAACGUGCCCCUGGACAUGUUCUCUGAGGAGAUCAAAUUUUACGAGCUGGGUGAGGAGGCCAUGGAGAAGUUCCGGGAAGACGAAGGGUUCAUUAAAGAUGAGGAGAGGCCCUUGCCGGAGGGGGAGUACCAGCGCCAAGUGUGGCUCCUCUUUGAGUACCCAGAGAGCUCUGGGCCGGCAAGGGUUAUUGCCAUAGUCUCUGUCAUGGUGAUCCUCAUCUCCAUCGUGAUCUUCUGCCUAGAGACAUUGCCUGAGCUGAAGGAGGACAAGGAGUACACAGUGCACCGCACUGACAACACCACUCAGGUCUACAAAUCCAACAUCUUCACAGAUCCCUUCUUUGUGGUGGAGACCCUGUGCAUCAUCUGGUUCUCCUUUGAGCUGGUGGUGCGCUUCUUCGCUUGCCCUAGCAAGACUGAUUUCUUCAAGAACAUAAUGAACUUCAUUGACAUUGUGGCCAUCAUCCCUUACUUCAUCACGCUGGGCACCGAGAUGGCCGAGCGGGAGGGGACUCAGAAAGGAGAGCAGGCCACCUCCUUGGCCAUCCUGAGAGUCAUCAGACUGGUAAGAGUCUUUCGAAUCUUCAAACUCUCCCGGCACUCUAAGGGCCUCCAGAUUUUGGGACAGACCCUCAAAGCCAGUAUGAGAGAGCUAGGUUUACUAAUUUUCUUCCUCUUCAUUGGGGUGAUUUUGUUCUCUAGUGCGGUAUAUUUUGCUGAGGCUGAAGAACCUGAGUCUCAUUUCACAAGUAUCCCUGAUGCUUUCUGGUGGGCGGUGGUAUCCAUGACCACUGUGGGCUAUGGUGACAUGUACCCUGUGACAAUUGGAGGCAAAAUCGUGGGCUCCUUGUGUGCCAUCGCUGGUGUGCUGACAAUUGCCCUGCCUGUACCUGUCAUCGUGUCCAACUUCAACUACUUCUACCACCGAGAAACAGAAGGGGAAGAACAGGCUCAGUUACUUCACGUUAGCUCCCCUAAUUUAGCAUCUGACAGUGAUCUCAGUCGCCGCAGCUCCUCCACAAUCAGCAAAUCUGAGUACAUGGAAAUCGAAGAGGAUAUGAAUAAUAGCAUAGACAAUUUUAGAGAGGCUAAUCUCAGAACUGGCAACUGCACUGUAGCCAACCAAAACUGCGUUAAUAAAAGCAAGCUGCUGACUGAUGUGUAAACAAAACACAAAACAAAAUCCCCACUCACAGCUUGAAGACUUUAGUGACACAGUCACACUUUGUAGAUGCUUUACUGAUAGUCUUUGAAUGCUUUAUUUACCUCGUAAAUGCAUUGUUGCAUUGCAAAUCUUUGCUCUGCGAUAAAGAAGCUUCCAGGAUCCAUGAAAGCUAAAAUUUUGUUUAUUUUCAAAAAAAAAAAACAUUUUCCACCUGGUAAAGAAUAACCAUUUGAACUAGUUUAGUUUUAAGCUGUUAUGACGCUAGACCUAAACUUUUCCUCUCCCAUCUCUUCUUUUUUCCCUUUUUUUUCCUUUUUUUUGGAUAAAGUUAUCUUAAACUAAGCAAGACAGUUUUUAGAGCUAUUAAGCAUAUGCAUGGAUUCCAGUAAAAAAUAAUCUGCAAAACUGCACAGUUGCAAGAAAGUGCAUCAGAUAAUAACAGUAAAAAAAAAGAUCAGCCAAAACCUGCGGCGAGCAUUUGCCGUGGUGUUUAUGAAGGAGUGCAAAUUUUCCUUCCGCCCCCUCUGUGAAAGAUUCCAUCCUUCCAACCUACAGAUCCACACAGCACAUCAUUAAAAAAAAACUACUUAAGCCUGGUCUCUUUUGCUGUCCGUAGAAGAAAUAUCCCAAAAGGAGAAUAACAAACAAAACUGAAGACAAAACAUCUGCUAUGCUGCUAAGUUCUCUCACAUGCAGAUGAUAGAAACACACUUUUCCCCCCCCUCCCUGUUCAGAACUGGAUACAAAACUUUAAGCCCCUCUGUUGCAAGAUAGCACAAUGGAGUUUAAUAUAAGCAUGUUUGAAUUUGAUACUAUUUAUUUUAUGAUCGCAUGCUUGAAACGUUACCUCAGACAAUAGCGGAUAAGCUUUCGUUUGAACUGAAUCUUCUAAAAAUAGGUCCUUUCUCCUCUCUUUUUUUCAUUUCUUUUCUUUUACUUUUUGAUUUGCAUUCACCAGAAGUGCACUCCUUAAUUUAUUAAAUCGUUGACUAGUAAUUUAAAGUACUGUAUUUAAGUGCGUAUGUUAGUCAAAUGGGAACAAUAACUUUUGGAGAUCAAAGCAUGUUCAAAUAUUCAGCAUUAUGGCCUAUUUGAUUAAAGUGUAACUUGAAUUAAUUAGUGCAUGAACUCGAUAAUAAUAAUAAUAAUGAUGAUAAUAACAACAAUAAUGAUAACAAUAAAAAAUAAAAAAAAAUGCGCUUGAUAGACUGAGGGCCUGAAUGAACUGAUUAGAGAAACUUGAUUGUUUUCCUGCAUUGCUCAGGGAAAUGUGUUGGCUUUUGUCCAGGCGUUGUCAGAAAGGAACGUAUCCCAUCCCUUAAAGGGAAAGCUAUAUGGAAAAUUAAGAAGUCAAGUUAUAUAUAGCAACACCUAAAAACCUAGUAUCCUCUAUAGAUGAAAGGUGCAGAUGCAUGCUUUUUGGUGCAUUCUCAGAAUGUAAAUGAAACUUAUCUAUUAUAUGCAUCCAAAUUGCAGCAGCUGGUUUCUUUUGCAGUCAUCAGUUGAGACUUUUUUGUAUCCCCCCCAGAACUCACUGAAGAGACUCAGCAGAUUGAUUGAGAGAGUUGCACAGUGCCUUUAUCUUACAGCCCCCAAAAUUGCUGAAAGUGCCUCCAGGAGCUGAGUGGAUCAGAGACACCGAGGGAAAGGACAAGGAGUUAGUCUGCUGUCAGGAGUGUCCUGUGUGCUUUCUCCUGGCACAGCCCAGAAGGGUUUAGGGAUAGAAAGAUCAAGUGUGAGUGAGAGGGAUGCAGAAGAGGCAGAGACCACCAGUGCCCGUGGAAUACUUUCCUUCCCCAGCCAGUCUGAUGCUGCAGGGCUCUGCAUUGGCUUCUGCCAAAUAACUCAUAGUUGGGUACAUGAAAGGCUUCAGGUUCCCCCAGGCUGUUCACAGAGGCAUCACUGCCAUCGCUGUAUCUGCCCUUCCUUUCCCCGAGGUGGCUUUUGGCAGCUUGUCCCUGCAGGGCAGGGCACAGGAGGAGCAGGAGCCCUGGCAUCGCCCAGUCAGGCUACCAGACUGGAGGAGUGUGCUCUUCUUUCCCUUAGAUUCCCCAGCAGGAAGAUGGGAAAGGCUUUGCAGGGCCCUCCCAUCCCUAUCUGCUCCAUCCCCUGUCAGAUCUUAGAUCCCAUCACAGCCUUUGAGCCAUGUUCUUCUUCUGGUCCCUGAUCUUACUCUACUUCCAUCAUUUCCUGGUGAGAGAAGCAAUGCUAGGAGAAGGUGUCUUCUGCAACAUGCCAGCCUUGACUGCUAGGCCCUGGAAGAUAAUAACCUUUGAUCUGAACAAACAUAGGCACUAAUCUUAAUUCUUCAAAUGGACAAAGUUGAGGAUCUUCAUUCUGCACUUAGCAUGUGGCCAACUGCUGUUGAACACAUCUCCUUCCAUGCUGUA